AGUAGAAGAAUUGGCCAAUGGCCAGCGUGCAUCACUGUUGAGGCCUCAGAGUCUACUGUUGCAGAAAUGUCCAUAUUGUGUCUGUAUUCAGAACUACUGCUUUUAGUCACUUCAUAGCUGCAGUCCCAAAGGUAAAGAGUCCUUUAAACAGGUGCUACGUAAGGUGGACAGGCUCUCAUAUGGCAGCUGACAGACUGAGAGGCAUGGCUGAAGAAACCACAGGGUCUGAUUAGGCUGGCUGUAUGUUGGAGGUUUGCAGUUUGAAAAUAUGUCAUACAGUAACAGAGAGCUGGUGGAGUUCUUUAUAAGCUACAAACUGUCUCAGAGGAACUACCCAACCUCUGUGCUGAGGAGAGAGGAUGCUGGUGGAAGGACUGAGGGAGUCAUGGACAACGCUGUUGCCAGUAAUGGCUUACUGGUCAACAGCAGGAACGGGGGCGACCAGCCGGGGUCGUCAUCGUCGCAACAAUGUGACAUAGAGGCUGUGAAGGCAGCUCUGAAGGACUCAGCAGAUGAGUUUGAACUGCUCUUCACACAGGCCUUUAGUGAUCUUUCCUCACAGCUUGACAUCACUCCUGACACAGCCUACCACAGCUUUAAGAGCGUUAUGGAUGAAGUUUUCAAGGAUGGAGUCAACUGGGGGAGGAUAGUUGGCCUUUUUGCUUUCGGUGGUGUACUGUGUGUGGAAUGUGUCCAGAAGGGUAUGGGUGAGCUGGUUUCCCGCAUUGCAGACUGGAUGACCAUAUACUUGGAUGAGCACAUCAGUUCUUGGAUCCAGAACCAAGGAGGUUGGGACUGCUUUGCUGACAUUUUUGGACGUGAUGCCGCUGCAGAAGCAAGGAGAUCUCGGGAAACUCUCUCUAAAUGGCUGCUGGUUGGCAUGGCGCUGCUAAUGGGAGUAGUGGUGGGUGUUUACAUCGCUAAGAAACAGUAAAAGCAAAUCUCUUUUACCGCAACACAUCGUGUGUCACCAACAAAGAGGAAACAGAAAAGUUAAUGUUUACAAAAAAAUAAACAGUCUUCUUGUGCACUGA